AUGGUCCGCGCAGGCCUGACAAAUAUCAACCUCAGUUUAGAUACUCUCGAUCCAUUGCAUUACACUCUUAUGACCGGGCAAAUUGGGUUUGAAACUGUUAUAAAGGCCAUUGGCAAGAUUCUUAGCCUCAAGAGAGUGGGCUUUAAGAUUGAAUUCAAGAUUCGGUGUGUGCAUUUGAGAGAAGUUCGCGACUUCCCCAACAUGACAGAGAGAGCCAUGGAGGCGUAA